UCUCUCUCUAUCCUGUCUUGUCGCUCUGGAGUUUACGGUAUUAUAUAUAUAAACUCCAUCGCUGAAGAGUUUGUAACUUGCGAUUUGUGAGCUUCAUUUUCUCCCUGAGUUGAAGGAAAAACAAAGAACAAAGAAACCUUUCGCAUCUUCGUGUCAAGAACAGAAGAGAAUCAAAAGAAGAUUAUAUUCAAGAAGAAACUAAUAGAAAGUUUCAAGAUCCUCAAAGAGCUUUUCCAGCUUGAGUGAUAUACCCGAUCAAGUGCCGACCGUAUAUUCGAGGUCAGAACCUCUGUUCCGAUUAGGAUCUGUUGAAUGGGGGUAUCAUUCUCCUGUCCGUUCGCCGAGAAAGACGACGUGGAGGCUGCUCUAGACUCCGUCACGGUUAAGUCCAUAAGCUUCGGCGAUGACGACGAGUGCAGGACUCCCAAGAGAUCUGUCAAUUUCAACGACGGAACCCUUGAGCCCACGAUUCUGAAAUCUAUGGGAUCUGGUAAAAUGGUGGUUGAGAAAUCCGUUAGCCUCAAAGGGAUGCAGCUGGAGAGAAUGAUCUCUCUUAACAGGUCUGUCUUCAAAGAAGACUUCACCAAAGAGAGUGGCUUUGAGUUAGACAGUGGCGUGAUCGUCGCUAGAGAACUCUCGGUUCUUGAUCCGACGAACCCGAAACACGAAGCUGCUAUCAAAUUACAGAAAGUUUACAAAAGCUUCCGUACCAGGCGAAAGCUCGCGGAUUGCGCAGUGCUCGUGGAGCAGAGCUGGCUUGAUAUUGGUGAAGGGAAAGAAGUAAAUCUUGUGGAGAAAUGUCCUAGAUUGAAACUUCAGCAACAGUGCAUCAAGUACCUUGGUCCGAUGGAAAGAAAAGCUUAUGAGGUGGUUGUGGAAGACGGCAAAUUCUUCUACCAGCAUAGCGGAGAAAUGCUUCAGACUUCUGCUAUGGAAGAUAGUGAUUCCAAAUGGAUUUUUGUGCUGAGCACAUCGAAAGUGUUAUACGUUGGGAAGAAGAAGAAGGGUACGUUUCAACAUUCAAGCUUCUUAGCUGGAGGAGCCACUGUUGCCGCAGGGAGAUUAGUUGUUGAGAAUGGGGUUCUUAAGGCUGUUUGGCCACACAGCGGACAUUAUCAGCCUACAGAAGAGAAUUUCAUGGACUUUCUCUCUUUCCUCCGAGAGAACAAUGUCGAUAUCACUGAUGUUAAGAUGAGUCCUACAGACGAAGAUGAAUUCUCUAUGUACAAACAGAGAAGCACUCAUAUGAGAAACCAUUCUUUGGAAGAGGAUUUGGAGGCUGAGAAGACUAUUUCUUUUCAAGACAAAGCUGAUCCAAGAGAAGAAGCAGAAGAAGAAGCAACUCAGGUGAUGGCUAAUCUCGAGACACCGAUAAAGAUGGAAUCUUUUAGCACAUUUGGCGAUGAAAGUCAAUCCGCGGGAUCAAAGUCUACUAAAGUAUCUGAAAACUACGAUUCGGGUGAUGAUGAAGAAGAGGAAGAGGAAGAGAUUUUUGACUUGGAACAAGAAUCAAUGCCUUCAGAGCAAAGCUCACCCAGAGGAGGAGGAGGAGGAGAAGAAGCAAACGAGGAGAGUGAAGUAGUCAAGAUUCCAGAAGAAUCAAUCCUGAAAAGGAUUAACUCAAAAAAAGAAUCUAGAUCUUUCCAACUUGGGAAACAACUAUCAUGCAAAUGGACAACAGGUGCAGGACCAAGGAUCGGCUGUGUAAGAGAUUAUCCAUCAGAGCUUCAGUUUCAAGCACUGGAACAAGUGAACCUGUCUCCGAGAAGUGCUUCUGUUUCAAGACUCUGUUUCUCCUCCUCGUCCCAAACGCAUAUGCCUCAGAUGUCACCGUUAUGGCGAGGAAUGUCAUUACCUGCAGAUAUAACGCAUUCAUAAAAACUGAUGCACAAUAAAUUCUUUUUCGAUCCGAUCUAUUCUUUUUGUGUGAAUAGAGAAGACGAUGAUGACUUAGAAAUUCUUUUGUAUUCUUUUUUCCCUCCUUUCUACUGUAACAGAGCAGCAUUUCAUUUGUUAAAUUUGGUUUCUUGUUUAACAAGAAAUUACAGGUUUUAAAA